AGUCGUUCUCCUCUUUCCUUGCAUUUACUCCCUAUCCAUUUAUUUAAUCUGGAUUUUGAGUCUAUCUUCUUAUGGCCUCCCCAUUCUGGAUCUCCACAGGCGUGCCCAAGAGGGAGAAGAGAGAGAUGGAUAGCUCCAAUUGCAUUGGAAUCAUGGCGGUCAUAGCGGUAUCGAGUAGUGUAGCCUUCAUGGCCCUUCAAGCUCAGAAGCAUCUCCUUUCUGAGUUCAUCAAGAAGUUGGAAAUGGAACUUGGUGGUGUGAAAAAGGCACCAAAGAAGAAGGUUAGAUUUGCGCCCGAUGUAAUUGAACCAUCAUCAAAUAGCAAGGAGUAUAGAAGGCAUCACUCAAUGACACCCAUCAAGCAAAAUCGAGCAAUGAGCAACUCAUUUAUGUCUCUAGAACUUAUGAAUUAGCAUAGGAAAAUAUCGUCAUUGUUAAUAAAUCUCUUUUUUAUUUGAUUUCACAAUGGAUGGCUUGCCGCCAAACCCGUUGCAAAAGGGAAUCUAUACUUUUUAUAGUUGAUGAAAUAAGUCUUUUUUUUAAAAAAA